UAAGCUCUGUAUCGCCUCUCAUCUCUACGCGGGUUAGCAGGUUCACUGCACUACCUAAGGGGACAUGUGACGAAAUAACUUUAGUUUACGCUCGUAGGGAAACACAGACAGUCCCGCUGUUCCCAGUCAAAGCUAUGAUCCACCCCUGAGGAUGAAGCAGCUGAAGCCAACACCACCUUCAUGGUACCCAAGAAAGAAAUCAGCAUGGUGCCUGACAUGGGCAAGUGGAAGCGAUCUCAGGCAUAUGCAGACUACAUGGGCUUCAUUCUGACACUGAAUGAAGGUGUAAAGGGAAAGAAGCUCACAUGUGAAUAUAAAGUGUCUGAGACAGUGGAGAAGUUACUAGAUCUUUUGGGGACUCUGGACAAAUGGAUAAACGAGACCCCUCCUGUUGACCAGCCAUCACGCUUUGGUAAUAAGGCUUACAGAACCUGGUACAGCAAACUAGAUCAGGAAGCAGAGGCCUUGGUGUCAGGAGUGCUCCCUGCUGACAGACAUGCAGCAGCUCCAGAGAUAGCUGUCUAUCUGAAAGAGUCUGUUGGGAACUCCACCAGGAUAGACUAUGGAACAGGUCAUGAAGCUGCUUUCGCUGCGUUCCUCUGCUGUCUCUGUAAGGUUGGAGCUCUCAGGGUCGAUGAUCAGCUAGCUAUCGUUUUUAAGGUUUUUAACAGGUAUCUCGAAGUGAUGCGUAAGCUCCAGAGGACCUAUAGAAUGGAGCCAGCUGGGAGCCAAGGUGUGUGGGGACUGGAUGACUUCCAGUUUCUGCCCUUCAUAUGGGGCAGCUCCCAAUUUAUAGAUCACCCAACACUGGAGCCUCGGCACUUCAUCGAUGAGAAGGUGGUGAACGAGUAUCACCAAGACUACAUGUUUCUGGAGUGCAUCAAGUUCAUAAAUGAGAUGAAGACGGGUCCGUUUGCUGAACACUCCAACCAGCUGUGGAACAUCAGUGCUGUUCCUUCCUGGUCCAAAGUCAACCAGGGUCUGAUCAGAAUGUACAAGGCUGAGUGUCUGGAGAAGUUCCCUGUGAUCCAGCAUUUCAAAUUCGGUAGCCUGCUUUCCAUCCAGCCAACGAAGCCUUGAUGCUCAUGGAGGAAUGCCACACACUCGAUGGAAAGACCAAAAUCCCAACAGUUCGAACCCAACAGUUUUCCCUUCCUCUGGCAUCCUCACAUGCAAAUACUACAGUAGCAACAAUCAACCACAUGUAGUUUGACGCGCAAAUGCAUUCCCACAUGCACAUGCAUGUGGUCAUGAAAGCUUGUAAGUGAUCCACAACUUAAUGCAGAGCAUGUUGUGGAGGGCCUUUGUGAUUUCAGAGCAUCUUUAUAUUUUUGUCAUUUUAUUUAUAUAAUGGAUAGAGUUUGAAUCAGAUUCCGUUUUGAGGGAUGAGAUAGAUAUUUUUAAAUAAGGGUGCUUAAAGAUGCUUAAUGCUUGAGUGUACUUCGAAAUUUGGAUCCUCAUUAGCAGUAGCUCAUUCACAGAGUGGGGUGAUACAAAUAAGACUGUUUUCUCUGAAUCAUUCGUUGCUUAGGGAAUGGUUUGAAUUCUCCAAAAUCCUUUGUUGGUUUCUCCUUCAACUGUAGUUAUUUUCUUGGUUUUGCUUUUAAGGCCAAAUAUUUGAAUUGUGUUGCUAAUGUACAAAUAUUUUAAUUUCCCUCUUAAUCCCAACAUGUAAGUCACAUUAAUAAUUUGCUAAGAAAUAA